AUUAAAACCGGUUUGAGUUAUUCUCCCAAGGCUGUUGCAACAAACAUUUGAAUCAUUGCAGAGCAUCUUACAAGAUGAUGUUGCUUGUGUUUGCAGUGACGUUCCUGUUGUCUGGAGCAUCAGCGCAAUAUGAUGCAGAUGUUCUCAUUCUCGGCGCCGGAAGUGCUGGGCUAUCCGCGGCGAGUGUUCUGGCCAGCCAAAACGUCUCCUUUAUCAUCAUAGAGGCCGCUGAUACGAUUGGCGGGAGAAUUAAAAGCACGAUGUUUGGCGGGAAAAUCGUGGAACUUGGAUCCAUUGGUAUAUAUGGCACCGAAUCUUCCAUUAACAGCACCGUCAACAUGUACAACAUCACAGGCAAGUACGUUGACUACGAUAGUGUCAUCGUGAAGUCGUAUUUGAAUGAGUCGCUGGACGAGCAGGCGGACGCAGUGUGGAAUAAACUAGCAAACGCGCAGAAAACUGUGAAGAAACUCUUUGGUGAAAUCAAGGAGGGCAAGAUACGGGACAUGUCUAUUAAAGUGGCUUUAGAGAAUGGAGGCUGGUUUCCUAAAACCAUCUUGGAAGAUGUCAUAGAGAUAUACGACUACGAUUUCGAAUUUAGCAAAUUUCCUGCCCUCAUAUCAACUCGAGGAUUUCAGUCCGUCUCUGACAUCCAGGACAAACCCUUCCUGUCAACUGACCAGCGUGGACUACAGAACUACAUGGAACGAUUCGCCAGCUCAUUCAUGAACACUUCCGGUCCACAAAUGAAGCUGGGUGAGACGGUGGUAGGCAUCAACCACACUGACACCUCCGUGUCGGUGACUACCAGUAGCGGCAAGACCUUCAAUGGCAAGUACGCCAUAGUCACAUUCAGCAUGGGUGUUCUAAAGAGCAAGAACGAUAUGUUUAACCCUUCUCUACCCGCUUGGAAGUUAGACACUAUCUAUAGAACAAGCAUCGACUCGUACGCUCAGAUCUAUGUCAAAUUUGCCAGCACGGUGACCAACUUUUGGGGAACUUACCAAUACAUCCUUCACGUCCAUCCACGAAGAGGAUACUAUCCCAUUAUCAUCAACCUGGAGGCCGAGGGUUUCUUUCCCAACGGGACGAACAUACUCCUGUUUGUCGUUAUGGGAGAGGAGGCACGGAGGGUGGAGAGCAUGCAAGACAAUCAAGUGAAAGACGAGAUAAAGGGGGUGCUCAAGGGCAUGUUCGGAUCGUCGACACCGGAACCAGAAAGCAUCCGGCUGGAGAGAUGGACGAGUGAUCCUCUCACCAUGGGCAGCUUCACUUCCCGUCAGGUCGGAGACGAGGGUAACCCGAGGUUCCUGGAGGCUCUGAAGUCGCGAGUGGGAAGAGUCUAUUUUGCUGGAGAGGCAUACCAUGACGUGAUGGAUGGUUUUGUUGAAGGAGCUGAACAGUCUGGUAGAUACACCGCAAUGGAGGUGAAGGAAUGUAUGAUGGACAAGAAAUGUCCUCAGUUCAACCCAACUCCUGCAGCACCAAAACCCGUACCGACCACGUGUGAGGCAUCUCUACUGUCUCUGUCACUUGCCACUCUCCUGGCGUGUCUGAUGGCAGUAUACUUAAAAUAACUGGGGGCGGUGGGGUAGCCUAGUGGUUAAAGCGUU